UUAUAAAAAAAUUAAUUAAAAUAAUUUUUGUGUUCUUACCAUUUCUUUAUAUUGCACAAAAGAAUCUUGAAUUGGAUUUUAAACUAUGAGAUAAGUAUGAGUAACACAAAACCAAAAUAUGGAGUGGCCCACCUCCCUCCUAAGUUGUCUUCUUCUCCUCUUCCCUUCUAACAACCAAAAGUCUCUUUAAGAUUUUCCUUUUUUCCAAAGAAAGCACCACAAACCCUCAAUACCGAUCCCUUCUCUUCUCAACGUUGUGUGUGUGUGUGUGUCAUGACUCGCUAUAUCAGAGCUCUCGCCGGGAAUACUUCGUUGGCACCUCCGCCGGAGGCGGUGGCCAUGGAGUCGGACUUCGUGGUCAUUCUGGCGGCGUUGCUGUGUGCCCUAAUUUGUAUGGUAGGGCUGAUAGCGGUGGCUCGGUGCGCGUGGCUCCGGCGUGGGGGAGGCAGUGCAGGAAAUCAGGCGUCGGCGAAUAGGGGACUGAAGAAGAAGAUCCUGCAGUCGCUCCCAAAAUUCAAGUACAAGUCGACGGGGGGAGAGGGGAAAAUAGCGGCGGAAUGUGCGAUCUGCCUGGCGGAGUUCUUGGAGGGGGAGGAGAUCCGGCAGCUGCCGCAGUGCGGGCAUUGCUUCCACGUUAGCUGCGUAGACACGUGGCUGGGGUCCCACUCCUCAUGCCCUUCCUGCCGCCAGAUUUUGGUAGUGGCGAGAUGCCAGAAGUGCGGGCAGUUUCCGGCGGUGGUGCAAGGCGGCGCUGCUCACAACAACGAGGAGGUGGAAGAUAACAACAGGGGUUUGGGAUUUCUGCCUUGACUCAACGCCAUUUCAUAAAAUUCAAACUAAGCUUAGCUUCAACCUCUAUUUAUUUCUGGUUUCAUCACACACACAAGAUUGAGUUUUGUGUGAAUUCUUUUUUCUUUUUUUUUUCUUAAUACAAAAACAAAUCUUCACCCAUAAUGUAAACAAUCCCCUAAUUAAAAAAAACUGCACUUGUAAAUUCUAGCUUCUUUGACUCUUUUUUGUGAUGAAUUUGACUCAAAGUUUUUUGUUUUUUGUU